AUGAACAACAACGCGGAGAGGAGCGAGUCGGACGAAGGGGUCGAGAGAAACGAUGUUUUCCUUUACAGAAGCGAAGUGGGAAAUGAGGGAGAGUCAUGCAAUGUGUUGUGUCUCUUCCUCUUUUUUAUUUCCCUAUUUUUUGUAAUGCUCAUGACAACUGAUAAUAGUACUGGCCCCACCGGCAGUGCCUACGAGGGAGGGGAACGCAGUGCCAUUGGUGCCGACGCUGAUGGCAAUUUCAUGCCGGGGGAAGGAGGAGACAGGUCCACGCCGGACGACCUUAUCGACAAUGCACUAAUCCAGUGUCUUAAUUUUAAGGGUCGAUACCGGGUGGAGGACCGGGGGCGCAUCCAUGGGAGUGAUGAUAGCGCCGCCAGUACCGCUAGUGCCAUGAUGAAGAAUGAUCCGAGAGGGGGAGAAUUCGAAGCCAAGCUGAUUACGCUGAAACUGUCUCUCCACAACGUAACGAAGUCGUUUCUGUUUCUGUUCUUUGAGCCACAGGACGGGAGUGGAGGAAGUAGCAUCCGCAAGGACCAUAAUGGACAUGACCAGAAGGAUGGUCGCGGUGCUGGGAUGCCUAACCAACCCAUGAAGCAACCUAGCAAGUUUCAGUUCCUCGGAAUGCCCGGGCUUAACGUGAACCGGGAAAACACAUACAUGUUUAACGGUAUGGGCUACAACUUUCUGACGCUUUGCCAGGACGAGAAAAAUUGCAUUUGUAGCUACAACGUAGGCAUUCAACAGAACGUAGACAUGCACGAAUCCACAUCUCUGCGGGAGGUAGAAGAAUCAUAUCUGUACUUGAUGAAAAAGUAUCUUAUGGACGAAGCGGAAUCCUUUGGCACGUACCUUUCGGCCAGGUAUCGCGAUCAGUAUGAACGCUAUCUGAGUGGGAAAGUUGCAGGCGUGGUGGCGGAAGGGGAAAGUGUCGGUACGGACAUUCAUCACGAUAAGGUUGGUACUCCUCCUGACAUAGUGGACACUCCUCCUGACAUAGUGCAUACUCCUCCUGACAAGGUUGGUACUCCUUCUGACAUAGUGGACACUCCUCAUAUUGUAGGAAACACCCCGCACUACGAUGGAUACAUCUCCUCCGACAACUGUGGGCUAUUCGUACGUCUGGAGGGAAACGACAUAGACAAGAAGUACGCGGCGGCGCAGGUGACUGCCUUCUCCAUCCUGUACAACAUAAAAUCCAUUAUUGAGUUAGGUUUGUUCUAUGUACAGAUAGGUCGAAGUAGCGAGAACAUGCGAAGCGCAAGUAAAGUGUCCUUGUUAUCUAUAUGUUUGAAUUCAUUUAUCGAUUUAUUCGAGUCUCUCCUUCUUCUGUACGAAGUGAUGUUAUCCCGAUUAUUACUGGUUCACUUCAUAUUCAUGGUUCUUCUGAAGUUUCUUUUAUUUACCCUUAUGGAGCUAAGGUACAUUUUAAUUAUCUGGAGAGCGAAUCACCAGCAGGACCUACAGGAAGGAUGGGAUCAGCUUCAGAGGAAAUUGGGAGCCUUGUACAAAUUCUACUAUGGAAGUAUCCUACUGGUGAUAGUAGCAUUUUAUUACAUCUUCCCCGUGUGUCCUUACAUUCUCUUGUUACCGUACAUGUGUUGGGUACCCCAGAUUAUGUUGGACAUAUGGAAAGGGCAAAGGAACUCAAUAAACCUUAAAGUAGUUUUUGCUCUUUCCUUAUGUAGAGUGUUUCUACCAGUGUAUCGAUUUAUGUAUUCACAGAGCAUUUUCCAGUUGGAUGUAUUCGCACGGGCGGUGGACUCAUCCAACAGUAUGUUUAGUAUACUGCUCAUCAUUAUCCUAGCGGUGCAACUUCUUUUCAUGUCUCUGCAACGGCUAUAUGGACCGAGGUACCUCAUCAACAUCGACCUGCUACCCCAUGUACACAAUUACUACAAGUCCAUCGAUCCAAAUUUUGAGACAGGUAUUCCAGAAUGCGUAAUCUGUAUGUAUGACAUCGUCUUAAAGGACAAGAAGUACUGUGUGACUCCCUGCUUCCACAUCUUUCACGACAAGUGCCUGCAACAGUGGAUGGAUGUAAAGCUCGAGUGUCCCACCUGCAGGGGUGCCCUCCCCAACUUCCCUUAA